UGUACAACUCAGUAAUGCUUUGCAUGGCCAGCCAGUUUGUAGGGUCGUUGGUGAGAGUUGCUACUAAAUAUUUUGGAGUGAUCGUGCAUCCGCGCUGUGUUUUUUUAAUUUAUUUUUUAUCUCUCGUAUGUAAAAAGGAGAUAUAUCACCGUAAACGAGCAGUGGGCUCACAAUUCCGAACAUCGUGAUAUCGUUAAGUGAAAAAAAAAAAAAAAAAACAAAAGUUAUAUAUGAGUAAAUAUAUAUAUAUAUACAUAUAUAGAUAUAAAUAUAUCUGUACAGUUGGACAUCGCACGAGGACCCAACUAGUGUGAACGAAAUCAAGGGCCAACGAGCCAAAGACAACGAGUUUUAUUUUUAAACAAAAGUGUCAAAGAGACUGUCUUUAUGCUUUGCGAUUAUCCAGUUAUCGUUCUAUCCUGAGGUGGAUAAACUCGAAAGGAUCUUUUUUUUUUUUGAGUGAAAAGUAUUGGAGGAAAAACGAAAGAAUUUUAAAACCGGAGCCGAUCAACCCAUCGUGCACCGUGUAUGGUUCACCAACGAUACAAAAUGCUGUCAUCAGUGCCAGCUAAAUAAUAAUGUGGUGCGACGUUGGUCAGAGCUGUGCAAUGAUGGGUCUGCAGGCCACGGCAGGAAAACGUAAGCUCGAGGGAGGUGUGGGCUGCAUGGAGUUCGACAUGGAAAUGGGUGAGAGCCCUUCGAAGCUCGGCAGAGUCGAGGGCAGCUGGUGGGCGAUGGAGGAUAGUUAUACGCCACCGUUGAAUCAAACAACGAGUUCGUACUACGAUAUGGAAGUUAGCGGGCCUUGUCUACAGGCGAAUCCUUGUCAAACCGCGUCGAUACCGACGCCGAGUUCGGCGCACUUGAAUCAUGCAUCGUCGCAGCAGCAGCAGCAGCAGCAGCAGCAGCAGCAACAGCAGCAGCAGCAACAGCAGCAGCAGCAACAGCAGCAACAACAACAGCAGCAGCAGCAGCAGCACUAUUAUCAUCAUCAUCAUCAUCAUCAUCAACGUUCGAACUCGAAUGUUGUAGUGAACGGCAGUGGCGGUGGCGGUGGAGUCGGCAACAACAACGUUUAUGGUCACCAAUUGUCAAGACCUCAAGCCCAAUGGGGUGGCGCACCUCAUCAUUACGAGCCACCAACGAUACGAAGAGAAGAAAAUGGAAAAAGUUAUCUCGAGCUCGGAUCGAGUUAUCGCUCGAACGAAAGAUGCUGCGAGGGCUCCAGAUCGAGCUGGUGCAGACGCGGUAGAGCAUGUUACCGUCAAAGAAGAUUAGCAGUUUUGAAUAUUUCAAUGUGCAAAUUAGCAAGGUACCGGCAAUACCCAGAUCCGAGUCUUCACCGUUCCGUACUGAUAUGCAACACUCUUAGGCAUCUAGAGAGAGAAAUGGAAAGAGAUCGAAGUCCUCCGCCCAUGGAACCUGUAGUACAAGCACCUAUGGCACAAUUGCAGCCUACCGAACAAGGCAGAUUAACCCCAUUUCCAAUGCCACCGAGUUCAUCCAGCGAAAAUGACGCUGAUUCUGGGAUCGGGGACAGUGACGAUAGCCGCUCGAUCAACUGGGGCAGCGUACUCUCACUCUCGAGCCAGUCACCCUUAGAUCCGUUAAACAACAACGAGCUACUGGACGUCGACAUCGGACCCGAGCUCGAUCUCGAUUUCAUGCCCGGAUGGAAAUUGACACCUUUGUCAGCUGACGAUAUUCUGAGAAGUACAAACGCGGCGGUCGCAGCCGCCGCCGCCGCUGCCGCACAGGAGAACAACCAUCACCACAAUCAUCACCAUCUUCAUCAUCUUCAUCACCAUCAUCACCAGCUUUCAUCGAAUGGCUCGACGAUAUUAACCAGUCCGAUAAGCAAUAGCUGUAACGGUAGUAGCUCCGGUGUUACGAACAACACGAGCAGUACGCACGUAGAAUCGCUCAUGUGCGUCGGCUCAUAGCCGCCAAUUCUCACCUCGUUGAGCCAUCUCAUCGACUUUUAUCCACUCGCCUCCCAAGGCAAAUAGCACCAGCGUCGUCCGAUUUUUUCAAGCGAGGACUAUUAUCGAUUUUGAGAUCGGAACUGAAGGGAGGUUCGCUGGACGACCAAAUGUUCCGCACUGUAUUAUUCUGUCGAAAAACAAACUUGCGUACGAACUCAAUGUAACACUCGCGCUUGCGGGACACCAUUCGAGUUGUCUCUCGCUCCCUUGUCCCGGACAAGGCCCGAGCGCUUUUUUCGAGCUGCGUCUCGAACGUUUUCGUCGUCGUUCUUUUUUUUCUUCUUCUCUUAUUUAUUUACAAUGCGUUUCGUGUCAAUUACAUGUCACUCGAUCUCGACGAUUAUCUCUCAGCGUUCUUGACGUCGAAUCUCCAUCUCUUCUUUCUCGCGUGCUCGAAUUAUCGCGUCCAGAGUCAUUCCUUAUCGACACCGCGAGCGUUCGCGUUUCCUUUCACGGCAAAUGUCGUUUCACCUUCAUCGUAUCGCAUUGUGUUCGAAGCCGAAGACACUUUUCAUUGAACGCCACUGCGGAGCUCGAAUCUCGAAGUUUGGGCACUCUGCUCAAAUUUUUGAUUUUUACAUGCGCACUUGAGAUUAUUGAGCUAGCACUUUUUUAAAAGUCCACGGGAAUUAAAGUACUUGGAGCUUUCGACCGAUCGCGAACGUUUGCAGCUCCAACGAGUGCGAUAAUGAUCGAUUUCUAACGAUUCUGCGACGUACGAUUGCUCACUGAGAAAAAGAAGGAGACGCUCGGGCGAGAGAAAAAGGAAAAGGAAGGCAAGAGAAUAUAUUGAACGUUUGAAAGUCUUCAACGUUCGAUGGUACCCCGGGCCGACGAUGCAACGAUGCGUUUAUGACCAAGGAGAGCGAACGAUCUCUGUAGCGAAUUUUAUUCUUGUUUUCCAUGAUUUUUCAAUUCCUGAACGCAAACAUAUUCCAAGGAAUUUUAACCAAUGCAUCGUCUGCCUAGCUCGCCAACGUUGAGGACUUUCAAACCAGCACAAAUCUCAUCUUCCGAAACGACCUUUAACGGAGUUUCAAAUUGCAAAUUACUUGCUUAAGAAUCGAACGAAAAAACAACUGAAAUAUGCUGACUGAUAAAAAAAGUAAAAACAAAUAUAAAAAUGCCUCUGGUACUCGGGCGACGAAACGCGGCGAGAAUACCAUCGCGGCCUACGCUCACGAUUCCAAGCUUGAUAGUGCUGCACACGAUACAUUUUAUUAUUAUCAGAAAUACCGGACUUGGUGCUAGGACGCCUAAAACCUGGUGCUCUUUUACUUAUUUUUAACUUGCUCCGGUAAACGCCCCUUUCUUUUAUCCAUUUUUUACCGAAUCUCUCUUCGUUUCAUAUUUUUCUCUGUAAUCAUGCCGACGAAAUGUCCAGACAAAGCUGAGUUUUCCUUUAAAAGGUGAAUUACUAUUACUAUUGUGAUAAAAACAAAGACAAUUCCGUGUUUUCUCGCUCAGAGAAGGAGCGAGACAUUCUUAUUGACACGGGAAUCGAAGAAAAACCCCGCAGGAAGACCCGCGACACGCCAAAUCACUGCGAAUAACUAAGAGUGAACGAAACGAUUGUUGCUUUUUUCGAGUCGAUUCUUUGUACACGUUUUGCAUACAGCUCGUUUCUAACUUUCAUUGAGAUAUUUGUGUUCGAGUUUCUAUACGCUUGUUUGAAUGCGUGCGUCGCGUUUAAUGACUAGGGAGUUUACAAAAAGGGCGAACGAAAUCGAAAGUGAGAAGGGAAUGAUGGAGAAUCGAGUGGUAAAUAUGAAAAAGGGCCGUGUAAUAGACGCGAUUAGAAGAAAGCCAACGCGGACGACGAGUCAUCUCGGUUUUGCGUAUUUAAAAAAAUUUUAAAAAAAGAGAAAACGUCAACAAGUACCUGGAUUUUUAAGAGUCGAAUUAUAUAAUAUGUAGAAAUUCGAUAACAAUCGAGGGGGAGGAGAAAGAAAUUUCGUGGCGACUGCUUGAUUCCCAAUCGUUGCAAAUUUCAUGAUCUCUCAUUAUUAUUAUUAUUAUUAUUAUUAUUAUUAUUAUUAUUAUACUUUCAUUAGCAACAACAAUAAAUAAAAUAAUGGAAAACGAGAAUAGACGAUGCCGAAGGCACGAGGUUUUUUUCAUUGCUGGCGUUGAGCCGUUUUUCGAUUCGACGACGAAUCAGUCCUCGUGAGAAUUGUGACGAACGAAAAUAUGAGCACACGAAAAUAGUUGAGAUUUGUAAAAAAAACGUAUCGAGCAUCAGGAGAGAACUGAUGUGAGAUUCGCGGCAAUAGUGAAAAUACUUAAUUAGACGUGCAUGAAAAAAGUGACUCGGGUAACGGGAGAACGAUUCAACUGAUUUUGCUCAAAGCAAUUGCGACGUUGGAAAGAAGUCGGUUCUUCUAGAAACAAAACUCGGAGCGUUCUUUACCGCAGUUGAUAACGAGCAGGAUCGACCUAUCUUCGGUUUUUCUUACUUUCCGACAGACACAGACGAGCAAUAUUACUGUUAGUAAGUCGAAGCGAACGAUACGAAAGAAGAGACUUGGCGGAAUUGUCAUUCGUAUAGGAACAUUGAAGCCAAUAAAUUUUGGAGUACUUUAUCAUUUCCAUUUGCAUAUAUAAAAAACGAACGGAAGGAAAAACAGAAGUGAAACAAAUAACGAGUCAAUAUUCGUCCAUUGCGAACGUCCAGUUUAGAUUACGAGUAAGUUUAGUGUCUGAUCGAAUCACACGCGAUUCAAUAGAAAUCUCUUUCAUAGAAUUUUUCACUGAAUCCAAAAAGAGAAAAAACAACCGAAUCUACCACUUUAUUCUCUACUCGAUCUCUCCACUCCCUCGAUUCAUUAACGAUUCGCUGAAAAAUUAAAAGCCGGGGCAAUACUCGAAUCGACCAUGCGCGAUAGCGAAAUCGAGAGGAAGCAGAAAAUCCACUCGGAUGCGUCUCGUCAACGUUGGUUCUUCGUCGUUUCGUCAUUUUUUCUUUUGUUUCGUUUUUUUUCCCCCCCUCCUCUCUUUAUAUUUUUUACAUCGACAUGUAAUUUGCGUAUACCUACGUACGAAUGAACGACAGCGCUUAAAGUUUAAUUGGCACAAAGGAAGAAUUAGUUGUAAAAUGCAGGAAUUCGACGAGUGCGUUUAAUGGUACAAUCGACUUGAGAGCAAUGAUGAACGUGGUUGCGAUGUGAGAAGCUUAAAAGAAAACUGGUAAAACGGAGGUGAGAACGGCCACGCGCGGUGUGGAUUGUAUAAAUGCGUUAUCGGUGAAGAUAAACAAAUAAUGAUUAUAUAUUCGGUCAUUACCGAAAUAAAUCUUGUAAAUAGUAUAAAUAAUAAACCAGAUAAUGAGAGAGAAAGAGAAAAGGUACGUUUAGCCGAUGAAUAAAUAGGUAUAAAAUGAAAUAUACAUAAGAUAUUAUUAUAUUAUAUUAUAUUAAAUAUAUUAUUACAUAUAUACAUAAAUAAAUGUACGUUUAUGCAUACAUUUAUGUAUGUAUACAAGAAUUAUAUAUAUAAGAUUAUUAUAUAUAUUUACCUUGAUAAGUGAUAAAAGGCGACUGUAGGGUCUCGUUCGAUUACCGAUCACUUUAUACUUUCAAUAUCAUUAUCGUUGUUGAUCGCAAGAGCAGCCGACGUGCAUGCACAUAAAUUUGGAGCAGCUUUUUCUUUGGUAGAACAAAUUUUCUUGUUAAAAAUGUAUGAAACGAUUUUUUUCUCGUUUUUCUUGGUGUGCUCGUAAUCGUGAUUUUCAGUCGAGAAUCGUCUUUAUUUCUUGGUCGAACAAAUCAUUGCGAGAUUUCAAUAGCAAUUUAUUUUUUCUUUUAUUUUUAUUUUUUCUUUAUCCAGAGACGGUAUCUUCCACGUACUCACGGUCUCUAUCGAAAGUCGGUCACAAUUCAUUUGGAAAAUGAAUUUAACCGGUUUUUUUUUCUUCUUCUUCAUCUUUUCGUUAUUUGUACUAUUCUCGAAGGAAAAUCUUCACGCUGGUCGUGGAUUCUGCUAGGAACGAACUCUCAGUCACACGAGGAAAAUACUUCGCUUCAUUUUCGUACGAUUCAUUUCGAGUAGCGUUCAUUAAAAUCUUCCCCCGAUGGAAAUUCAUCUCGAAUUUGUUAAAUAAAGUUAAACUUCCGAUCGUCAGUGACUCUUCGCUCUCUAAUUGUCAUUGGAAGUUCUACUUCUCAGCUGAAUAAAUGAGACAAAAAAUGAAGCGAUUUCGAAGCAUUCGAAUAAUUGGUAUUUGCAUUUUUAAAUAAAACUGUUUUCUAGCCGUUCAGCCGUUUUUGGUCAUUGAUCAAUCUCAAAAAGGGUGAUUUACAUCCAAUGAUAGUAGCUCGAGAGUGGCUCCGUAUUGUGAAAUUCUUCGUCGUAGUUGUUUCAAAAUUUCCGAAAAAAGGGAAACAACAUUUUUUAAAUGCGCUCAUGUAGUUUCUCAAAAUCAAUGAAUUAUCAAAAAUCCAGUUGGAGACAGAAUUUACCUGGUUCGAAAUGCUUCGCGUGGGAGGCUUAAAAAAUCGAUUUGUCAAUUGAAAUUUCGUACGUAUAAUAAUAUUUUGAAAAUUUUCGUGUAUCCUUUGUAUUCUUUUCACGGGCUGAUACGAAGAUGUACGAUUGAGUUCCUAUUAUAAUAUCUAACCAAGACUUAGUUAGCCAUUGUCUGGAUUUAACCGAAGUGCAGUUUCAGCCCCGAUCUUAAGUUUAUUCGAGAAAUAAAGAAUUAUGCACGCGUUACGGCAUCAAUCGGUAAACGAGGAGGAGGAGGGUCGAAAAAGCUGUACGGGAAUUCCACUUCGAACGAGGUUCAUCUCGUUUCAAUUGUUUCAUUUGAAAACUCAUAUAUUUUCUUCGAUGGGCUUACAAAUCGGUAUAGUCGAGCUAGUCCCAACAGAGCGCCGAAAAAACCUAGGGCAGGAAACGACAACACUGUACAUUGUAAAUAUAUAAAAACAAAUAAAACAAAACGUAGCGCAGAGAACGAAGGUGUUUACAGAAAGACAGAGUUAAAGUUGCAUCGAAAAAUCUACGCCGUGAUGCUGGAGCGACGAGAAUAAUGAGCUUUAAAAUUAAAAAAAAAAAAAAAAAAACAAGCGACAUUUCGAAUGAGUUUACUGUGGGAAAAAAAAAACAAUAAAACAUGAAAUUUAAUAAUUUAUUUGAAAGAAAAGAUAAGAAGAGGGGGAAACUCGAAACAGGAAUGCGCAAAAGUUGAGAUGACACGAAAAGCGCGAUCCUCUUUCGUUCUCACUCAUUGUUCGAUCGCUUCGAAUCGCGGCGUAACCUUUUAAUAGAUAAACGAAAAAAAAAAACAAUAGAAAAAAAUGGGAAAAAAAAACGUUGUAAGAUGCACAGUGUAUGUCUAAAGAGCGAAUCGAUCACUCGGUCAUUACCGUACUCAACAACAUGACCGCAUUAAGGAAAAAAACACUUUUGACUUGCGUCCGAAUGAACGAUCGUUAUUAUGUUUAACAUCGAAAACACCAAUAUCAUAGAAAAAUAAAUUUAAAAAAAAAAAAAAAAAAGAAAAAAAAAACUCGUCUGAUCCGUGAUAAACGAAGCAUUUUCUUUUGGUUUUCUUCUCUCGACUCACAAUCGAGAUACUUAAAGAUAAAAUUACAAACAAUAACUCUAGUCGUAAGCGGUUCGAUGAUACGGCGCGCUAACGAGUGGUCGAAAACGUUGUUUUAGCGGUGUAUUUGUGUACCACGUUAUGUCGUUUUACCAAAAUACUAACCCCGGAAGAACGAAAAUACUACAAAGAAACAACAACCACGACACAAUAUGGACAAGAACAACUAUCAAAAAACAAUAAAGAGUAUUAUUCUAUA